AUGGUGUCGACUUUCCUAGGUUUCACUCGUCAUGAAUUGACCGUUAUGUUUGGUGUUCUCGGCAACAUUGUCUCGUUCAUGGUUUAUUUGGCACCACUGCCAACGUUCAAACGGAUAUACAAGAAGAAAUCGACAGAAGGAUUCCAGGCGGUGCCUUAUUCCGUGGCGCUGUUCAGUGCAAUGUUGCUUUUAUACUACGCGUUUUUGAAGACGAGUAACGGAACUAUGAUUAUUACUAUAAACUCAGUUGGAUGUGUCAUUGAAGGAACAUAUCUCAUUGUGUUCCUAAUCUAUGCCACAAAUAAAGCAAGGAAAUCUGCGGUGAAGUUGUUGGCGUGGUUCAAUGUGGGAGCUUACGCGAUAAUUGUAGUUUCGACGUAUGUUUCCUUUAGUGGGAAACAUCGCGAGACGAUAGUUGGAUGGAUCUGCGCAGUUUUCUCUGUUUGCGUUUUCGCUGCUCCUCUUAGUAUUAUGAAAUCGGUGAUAAAGAGCAAUAGUGUGGAAUACAUGCCGUUUUGGCUUUCCUUUUUCCUCACACUUUGUGCCAUUAUGUGGUUCUGCUAUGGUUUUCUCAUCAAGGACUUCUUUGUAGCAACGCCAAACAUUUUGGGAUUUGGGUUUGGGAUUGCACAAAUGAUACUUUACGCAGUCUAUAGAGAUUCGAAGAAAGAAAUUGCGGAGGAAAAAAUCCAAGGUCUAACCGACUUAACCGUAACCGUGGACAUCGGUUCGACCGAGCAUGAGGUGAAUCCGCCGAAUCAGUGCUCGCGAGCCAAUCCACUUACCUGCUGCUGCACGCAUGAUCGUCAACUAGUUGUGCCUGUGGAGGUGGAUGUGGCAAAACCAGAAAUUGAAAGCAAGGAGUGA